AUGCUCAAUUUCACUGAUGUGACAGAAUUUAUUCUUCUUGGACUAACAAGUCGCAGGGAAUUACAAGUUAUCUUCUUUGUCAUCUUUCUAAUGGUUUAUAUAAUCACCAUUGUUGGAAAUAUUGGCAUGAUUAUACUAAUCAAAAUCAGUCCCCAGCUCAGCAGUCCCAUGUACUUUUUCCUCAGUCACCUCUCUUUUGUGGAUGUAUUGUUCUCCACCAAUGUUACCCCCAAAAUGCUAGAAAAUUUGAUAUCAGAAACUAAAACUAUUUCCUAUGCCAAUUGUUUAGUUCAGUGCUUUUUCUUCAUUGCCCUUGUCCAUGUAGAAAUAUUUAUUUUGGCUGCAAUGGCCUUUGAUCGCUACAUGGCAAUUGGUAACCCUUUGCUUUAUGGCAGUAAGAUGUCAAGAACUGUCUGCAUUCGAUUGAUCGCUUUCCCAUAUAUAUAUGGUUUCCUCACUAGUUUGGCAGCAACACUGUGGACUUAUGGGUUGUAUUUCUGUGGCAAUAUUAAAAUCAACCAUUUCUACUGUGCUGACCCUCCACUUAUCAAAAUGGCUUGUGCUGGAACAUAUGCAAAGGAAUAUACAAUGCUCUUUCUUGCUGGUAUAAAUUUCACAUAUUCUUUAUCUGUUGUAAUUAUUUCUUAUCUGUUUAUUCUCAUUGCUAUCCUCAGAAUGCAUUCUUCAGAAGGAAGGAAGAAAGCAUUCUCUACUUGUGGAUCCCAUCUGACAGCAGUAGUUAUAUUUUAUGGGACACUCAUCUUCAUGUAUCUCAGGCGUCCCACUGAGGAGUCAGUGGAGCAGGGGAAAAUUGGGGCUGUGUUUUAUACCACAGUAAUUCCCAUGCUGAAUCCCAUGAUCUAUAGCCUGAGAAACAAAGAUGUGAAAGAAGCCAUGAAACAACUUUUCAGAGGUUAUAUCUUUGUAGUGGAAAAAUAUUUCAUCAGAAUAUUAAGAGUCCUAGGAUUAUUAUGA